AUGGUCGUCGUGCUCCCCGGCGACGUGAUACCCCAGCCCGGCGCGUCGGCCAGCGACCUCAAGCUGGGCCCCGGUGUGCUCAUUACACCCGGAAACGAUAAAGAGACCUCGCUGACGGCCAUCCGUGGCGGCGACCUCGGACACGUCGAGACGGCCGCGCGCGGCAAGGCGAAAAAAGAGAGCGCCACCCUGCACGGCUGGUGGGUCGACGGCGAGAGCCGGCGGUACGUGCCUGUGGCCGACGACCUGGUCAUUGGCCAGGUGACGAACCGUGGCGUCGAGUCGUACUCGGUCACGCUCUUUUCCGCACACAGCGCCAGUCUUCCUGUGCUGGCGUUUGAAGGCGCGACACGACGCAACCGCCCCAACCUCGAGGUCGGCGGCCUGGUCUAUGCACGUGUCGUGAGCGCCGAGCCGUGGGCCGAGCCCGAGAUCAGCUGCAUCGAUGCCGUGACCGGCAAGGCGGAAGGUAUGGGCGAGCUCAAGAGCGACGAGAACGGCACGACGAUGCUCUGGCCGGUGAGCCUGGGCCUGGCGCACGCGCUGAACCGCCCCAAACAUAGUCUGCUGUCGCAGGUGGCCGCGCACUUUCCCUUUGAGGCGGCCAUCGGCCUGAACGGCCUCGUGUGGGUGCGCACGGCGACGCCGCAGCAUGCGAUUGCCCUCGGCGCGAUUCUGCGUGCGGCCGAUGCGGUGCGCGGUGCCGAGGCGAUGGACGAGGAGCGCGCGCCGGCCGACGAGGCGUCGACGCUCGCGCAGCGCGCGAGCACCCGCGGCGAGCUGAGCGCCGAGGAGAUUGCGGCGCUGAUUCCUCAGUAG